AUGUCCAGAUUAGCUCCGGUGGACGAGCUCACCGAGUCAGAUGGAACCAUCAGUCCAUCUUGUUUUCAUUCCCGCUCCCUAGACAAGCAGAAUCAGCCUCCCAUGGAGUCGAGGGAUCCACGAGAAUGGUCUUCUGGCCGCAAGACCCUGCUCUUCAUCGCACUCAUGUCGAGCUCAUUACUGGCUGAUGGUGCAAUGGUCUGGGGCUCAACGUUAGUAACUCCCCAAGCGAUCGACUGGGAUAUCACCGUCGAUCACUCGGCCACCAGUAUGAACUAUGGAAUCCUUCUCCAAGGAUUCGGCGGUCUCUUCGCCGUUCCCUUGAUCGAGGCCUACGGACGAUACCCAAUCUGGAUCUGGCCACAAGUCAUCACCAUGCUGAUGGUCCUGGGCGCCACUCUUUCCAAUGACUAUGCCACGUUCACCACGUUCCGCUCCCUGCAGGGCCUGUUCGGGACCGUACCGCAGGUGAUUGGCUUACCCAUCAUUCACGAUAUCUAUAGGCCACAUGAGUGGCCUCGUAUGAUCAAUAUCUGGGGCACCACGUUUCUAGUUGGCCCGUUCUUGUGUCCCGCCAUCGCGGGCUACAUUGGUGCUGGCACGGAUUGGAAGGUCUCGUUUGGGGUCUUGACGGCCUUGUACGGUCUGUCGACCGCCAUGGUUCUUCUGUUCGGGCGCGAGACAUAUUAUACCCCGCGCAAACCGAUUGGCUCUCGGUUCGGCUCGUACUUUGGAUUUGGAAAUACUGGGCUGCCGAAGUUGGCUAUGAUUGCUGAUCGGUGCCGGGUGAUGGUGAUUUAUGUGUUCAAGUUCCCGCUUUUCAUGACUGGAAUUGCUGUUCUGGUGACAUUUACUUGGCCCAUUGGUAUCACAACUACCAUCGACACUUUUUUACAUAGUCCUCCCUACCUCUUCGAUACGAUCGAGGCCUCCUCCAUGCGAUUUGCCGGAGUCAUCGGGACUCUCUGUGGAUACCUGGUUGGUCAUGUCUUUAACGAAUGGAUCUACCGUCGUCAUUCUCACAACUGGCGCACCGAGUACCGCCUACAUGGAGUGUGGUUUCCAGUUGGUUGUAUGGCAUCCGGCUUGCUCACCUAUGGGUUGACCAUGAACUUUGCCAAACACUGGAUCGGCAUUGCAUUUGGAUGGAUCAUGGUGAAUACAGGCCUAGUAGCGAGCAUUGUGGCAAUUACUGCCUACGCUCUAGAGAAAUAUCCCGGCCAGGCAACCUGCGUCUCCGCCAUUUUGAAUAUGUGGCGUACCUGUGGUGGAUUCGCCGUAGGUUAUUUCCAACCGGCUUGGAUUGCCCGAAAUGGGGUGGGUCUGGUCUUUGGUAUCCAGGCUAUUAUUGUGGUGGUCGCCGCGAUCCUGACGAUAACUCCGGUGUUUUUGCGCGAACGUAAUCAAGGACACCUGGAAGAUACAGAAGCUGACACAGAGACUGCGACCGAGGCUGAGGUUGAGACUGAGGCAGUAGUGACUGUACUCCAUGAAUGA